UUUAAGGAAUAGAGGAAGAAAAGAUACUUAAAUAAAGUGUUUUGCAUUUGCCUUUAUAUUUGUUGUGUUUCUUUUCAUUAGAGCCUUAUUCAAAAUAGCUUAUUAUUUUUUAAUAUCUACAAUAGUAGAAAAAAAUAAAAUUGGCUUAAGAUGAGUUAGAUAAUGGUUUUAGAAAAAAUAAAUUAAACAUAGUACAUUUUAAUCAACUUAAUUUAUUGAACUUAAAUAAAAACUAACGAAUUUGAAUUACCUCUCUAUAGCAGUGAAUGUGUUUCUUAAAUACAAUAAUAAUAAUGAAUGCAUGGAAAUAACAAAGACUUACAUAUAUUAAACUUUAUAUUUCCAACCCUUCAAAAUUUCACAAACUGAAAAUGACGCCUUGAUGCAUUAACAAAACUAUAAUCAGUUGUUACAUUUACAAAUUCUUGUGAUACGAUUACAUUAGCACAGAACCAAUCCUGAGCAUUAUAUAAAUACACACUUAUAUAUGUAAUUCUUUAAUCACUAUUUAUGCACAUGUAAAAUAAGAACAAUCUACAUAUAUCUUCCUAUAUAUAUAUAUGUAUGAGAACAUUGGUUAUGGUUAACUUCAUAUACAAUAAACAAUGUAAAAUGAUAAUACAUUUUAAUCAAUCAAUUGUUGAGCAUUUUUAUGGAUAAAUAGUGUAGUUUUACAGUAACGACAAAGAAAAAACAGAAAACUAAAUGUAUUCUAACAUAAUUAAAUGGUAUGUUUAAAUUAAAAAAAAGAAAAAAAAAAAAAAAAAAAGGGAAGAAAGAAAGUUGUCACUUAUAUCACAAUAACAAACUUAUACUUAAACUACAAGGAGAGGUACUAUUGUAUGCAUCGUUCAAGAGUAAUAAAUAAGCACAAUAAUGAAUCAAAUAUUGUGUAUAUUUAAGUUUUGUAAUUAAAAUAACAAAAUGAGAACAUUCAAAAAAUGACUCCAUUAUACCUUAUAAUAAAUAUAACCUAUAUUAAAAGUAAGAUGAACAAUGUAUGUUAGAUUUAGAUUAAAUGAUACAUAUAUUUAUUUUUUUUUCGAGUUGAUAAUCAAAAUACUACUAAAAAUUAUUUUUUAAAAAAAUCCAUAAUUUUUUGUUCAGAAGGUUUAGUGUUAGAUGUGUGUGUCAAAUUAUACGAUACAUGGAAUUAAUAAUGUAUAAAACAAUGGAACAUAAAUCGGUUGUUGAAAAACAUCAUUUGGUAUGAUGACGUAGAAAUUAAAAAAAAAAGAAAAAAAAAAAAAGAAAAGAAACAUUUUGAUGACAUAAGUUACUCCAUUACAUAAUAUGUGAAAGAAAUUAUAGCUAAAGAAAUGAACUAAUCCUAUUUACAGAGAACACACUCAACCCCUGACCUUCUGUCAGUAUUUAAAACAAUCAAACUACAGUCAAAUACAAAAAUUACAUUCUAAUUUAUUAUGUAAUAAUAGUUUUAAUAAUGGUGAAAGAUUAGGCACAGCAUUUCUGUCAAAACGUUAUGAACUAUAUAUAUAUGGAGCAUCCAUCAAGUAUACACUGUUCAACUGUUAAUUUGGACACUCUAAAACCAGGGAAAUGCUUAUUCUCAAGCUUGUUUGCUGCACAUAUGUCAUUUAAGAGAGGUAGCUAGGUACUGCAGAUAACUCAAAGCGUCUAUGAAGUUGGUCAUUAGAAAAUUUAACAAAAGCAUCAUAUUGCUCUGAAAGCUUCAUAUUUAAAAUGCGGUCAUAUUCUUCUCUUAUUUGAGUUUCACGUUCAGACAGCAUACGUUCACAAAUCAAAAUAACCUGUCUGAAAGUGAAGAGUGGCUUAUCGCGUGUACUUGAAGAAUAUAUUGUACCAAAUGUGUUGGAGCAAGGCGAUGAAGAAGAAUCCGAUGAAGAAUCGCCUUGAACUUCCUGAUUAGGAUUGAAGUGAAGUUGACGUCUGCGAUACAAACGCCUUAUUUCCUCUCUGAUACAAGCAGCCAUCAUUUCUGGUGUCAUCUUGGGGCAUAAUUCGCUGAAUGGCGAUGGACUUCCAUCAUUUCUAGAUGCAGGCGGAGAACUAGAAGGCGAAAUACUCAUAGGAAUACAUCUUUGCCUUUUAGGGGGCCUACCAUGCAUGUGCACCGGAUCAAAAUCCAAAGAUCUUUUAAGUGUAGCACAAGCCAUUAUCCUCGCUCAGUCGGGCUUCAAACAAACUGAACCCACUAACUAUGCUCUAUAAAUCAGUAAAAAAACCUCUUCGAGUACAACGGCUAAAGUUUGAACAAUUUAAUUUUCACCAAUGAGUGAACAGAAUUGAGUCAGAUGUUGAAGAACAACAAUUAAACACAAGAUUGAAAAUUGACAAUCAAUAUGGCUGGCGUUGCCAAGAGCUUUACUUCACAGCCCCAGCCCGAAAUCCAGUUCCCUUCAGUUUCCAAAUGUACCGUAAUUACUGCCACCAUGAUAAGCACGUCAUUUUCGAAAUACUCGAAAUACAAAGACUAUCUUAUGAUUUAAAUUAUUAAAAUUAAUUUUUAAAAUAGUUGUUUUUAUUUUAAACAUUUCAAACGAUAAAAAUUCUUGAUAUUGAAGAUUUAUCAAAACCAACACAUAGCUCUUUGUAACGGUACUUUGUCAUUAUCGUAGCCGUCAUCCUUUCGGCAUUCUAAAAUUUGAUAAAUAAUUUUUGACGUCGCAAGAAUGAAGAUGUUCAUUUGAAAUAUGUUUACCGUAUAUAAUUAAUUUCGGCAAUAAUUUCUAAAAAAAAAAAUAACAGUUUAGUUAUGUUGAAAAUAUCAAGCUGAUAUUUUAAAAUACUAUUAGUUCUUUAAUUAUCAAUUAAUUUGUAAUGGGUGGUCAAAAGUUUCAGUACGAUGAAAGUGGUGGAACAUUUUUCUAUUUUUUGUUGUCAUUUUUAGCUUUAUUAUUAAUACCAAGCACUUAUUAUUGGUGGCCACGUAAACAAGUGGAAGAUCCGCAGAAAGAUGAAAAGGACUGUCAUUGCGAAGGAUGUUCGAAGAAGAAGGUAAUCCUCAAAACAAAUGAACCAUGGAAGGGAACGAAGCAGUUAUUUAAGAAGUUAUUAAUUAUCACUGGAUGGUUACUUCUUGCUCUUCUUGCUUACAAAGUUUCACAGUUUGACUAUGAGUAUGCUAAUUUCGAUCCAUAUGAAAUUUUAGGGAUACCUUUAGGUUCGUCGAAAUCUGAAGUGAAGAGAGCAUACAAACAGUUAUCUCUUGUUCUACAUCCUGAUAAAAAGACUGGUGAUGAGAAAGCGUUCAUGAAACUGACGAAAGCUUAUCUUGCCUUGACUGACGAUGAAGCAAGAAAAAAUUGGGAAAAAUAUGGCAAUCCUGAUGGACCUGGUGCCAUGAGCUUUGGUAUUGCGUUACCGUCAUGGAUUGUAGAAAAAGAAAACUCAGUUUGGGUUCUAGGGCUCUAUGCUCUAGUUUUUAUGGUAGCACUCCCGACAGUCGUUGGUAUAUGGUGGUAUAGAUCUAUCCGCUACACCGGUGAUCAGGUUCUUCUCGAUACUUCACAAAUGUACUACUAUUUUUUUCACAAAACUCCAUCGAUGGCACUCAAAAGGGUUAUUAUGAUACUUGGAGCAUCUCUUGAAUUUGAGAAGCAAUAUAAUAGUGAAAUUGUCGAGCGCCCAACAGAUAAUAUGGAAAUACCUCAGAGAUACGUUAAAACUAUUCAACAACUUGUGCAAUUGAAAAGUGACGACAGGCGCAACAUUUUGAGGUUUCUCAACGACGAAGAAUACGAAGAUGUGAUGAAAGUUGUUGGAAGAAUGCCAUUAAUCGAUUUUCAAGUACGAUCUGAAGUAAUUGAUGAUGAAGCUUCUACGGUAUAUACUGCAGGUGCUAUAGUCACUGUCACUGUUACCCUUAUACGGAAGGACAUGAGUAAUUUAUUAGGUGAUGAAACUGUAAAAGAAAAACACUGUGCCGUUGAUAGUCCCGAAUUAAAAGAAGAAGAAGAAGCUAAACCAGCCGAAGGAGAAACAAAAGAACCCGUUAAAAAGCAGCCAGUUUGGCAGAAACAAAGAAAAGCUGGAAAGAAGAGCGGAAAGAAACAGCAGGGUAAGAAACAUCAACAUAAUGAAAAUAAAGCACAGUCUAAUAAAAAAGCGGCUGAAGAAAAACCACAAGCCAACGCUGAAAAAGACAAGGAGAAGCAGCCUUUAGCUACUCAGAAAAAAACUCAGGCUGAAGGAGCAGAUGGCGAUGAUAGUUCCGCAGCUGAUGAAAGCGACAUUUCCGAUUACGAGCAGGACAAGUCAGAUGAUGAUGAAAGUGGUGGGGAUAGAAAGGACAAUGGAUUUGAAGAUGAUGAAGAUUGGGAAAAAUUCCAAACAGGUAUCAAAAAACGAGAAAAAAUAUUGGAAGGUAAAAGCAAGAUAUCACAUUCUGUUCACUGCCCAUAUUUUCCAGAGGAGAAGCAGGAAUAUUGGUGGGUAUAUCUGAGUGAUAGGAAAUCAAGAACACUUUUAACAUCUCCUUAUCACGUUACGGCUCUGGUCGAUAAAGAAGAAAUUCAAUUGAAGUUCACCGCGCCGAGGUGGCCUGGACUUUAUUCAUUUACAGUAUGCCUUCGUUCCGAUUCGUACUUGGGUUUCGAUCAAACUCAAGAACUAAAAUUGGACGUGAAGGAGGCUCCUGAAGUACCAUUGGAGCAUCCUCAGUGGGAUAUGUCCGGCGAAGAGGAAGAUGGCAGACCUGAUGGCGAAGCAAGCGAUGCCUCCGAAUUCGCCACCGAUGAGGAUAUCGAUUCAGAACAUGAUCAGGAAUAAGUACUUUUGGAAUUAAAGCAAUGGAAAACUGGAACUACUGGUUAUAAGUUUACAAAUAUUCUUAUGAUUUUUGCCUACUGGAUAGACAAACAAAGUAAAGUGACUAUUUGGUAGGCAGUGGCUCACAAGUUCUGAUAUUCGGUUAUAAAUAUUUUUUGGAUAUAACUAUUGUUAAUAAGUAUGAAAUCUGGUAAUAGUCAUUUUCUUCAAAAUUCAGUUAUGAAAGAGAUUUUAAUUUGGACAACUUCUACGCGAAUAUAAAUUGAACAUUGAGUAAAAAUGUUCUGCAUUACAAGUGAAAUAUAUUUUGGAUGAUACUUAAAUUGAGGGAAAUUAAAAGUAUAAGACUGAUGAAGGCGGUGGCAGUUGAAUAUCGAAAACCCUAAACAAAAAAUUUUUAUUUUUUUUACAACUUCAUCAAUAUUAAUCCAUUUUAUUAUUUCAUAUAUGUUUUUUUUUUCAUUUCAAUUUAAAAAAAUAUCUAUAUUUCAUAUUUAUUUGUUAGUUUUAUUCAAAUACUUAAUUUUUUUUCAAAGUAUGAGACGUUAGUAUUUGUUUUUGUAUUUUCUAAAUUUAUGAAUAGCUUUGUUGAAUUUAGUUUCUUUAGCACACCAAAAAUAUAUUCUUUAUAUAUAUAUAAUUUUAAAUUAAUAUAUAUAUAUAUAUAUUGUAAUAUAUACUGAGUAAAAUUUUCAUAUUCAUUUUUAGUGAUACGAAUGAGUUAUAAAAUUGCCUAUUAUGUAUAUUACUUCGGUUCGAUAAUAUUUUAAAUCCAAACAUUCCAUUGUAUGUAUUUUCUUUUUAAUUGGGCAUUGAUUUUUUUCUUUCCUUUUUUUUUAACAUGUAUGUAUAUUACGUUUUAGUAAUUUAUAAAUAUAAUACAAACAAACAAACAAAAAAAAACGAGUUUUGUAGAAACAGCAAUGUGCUUCCAUAGUUUUUAUUUAGAAAUUAUGAAUUAUCAGAAUUGAUUCCAUUGUUAUUAAGAAAUUGUUUUAGUAUUUAUAAAAUAUAUUGAUUUGUUAUUAUUAUUUUUUUUUUUAAAGAGAAACAUUGUGGUUUAUAUUAAAGAAUAUUAAUUUUGUUAUUUACCUUUUUUUUUUUACUUACUUUAUAAAACUAUAAUUAAUUAUAUUUUAUUAAAUUUAGAAAUUUUUGUUAUAUUAUUUAUAAAAAUAAUUGAUAAACAUGUUCAUAUAAUGAAAUUUAGGUACCAGUUUUAAAUCGCUGCUCCAAGAUGGUGGCUAAUUUCAAGAUCACUUUGAGUACGCUGUAAAUGAAAUCUCUAGGAAUGCCGAAAAUAACCGAUUAUUGACAAUCAUAUUCAUAUACAAGUCUUAACUACAUAUUUUUGCCUAAAUUGCAAUUGCAGAUAAAGUGAUUUAAUAUAAUAUAUAAUAUAAGAAAAAAUAGUGUUUUGCUUGAUUGUAGUAAUGACACUCUGUUAUAGAUUACAUCGUCGGUUUAUUGCAAUAAGUCACUAAGUACACUUUUGGUCGAUUUGAACCUGAAGUUACGUAGUUGUCAUUUUCGAUCAUAUUUAUAAAAUGAUAUAAAAUGACUCGUUAAGUGCAUAAAAAUAUUACAAAUCCUUUUAUAUGCAAAAAAUAGUUUCACUUAGUGCGUGAUGUUCUGGCAAUACCGAGCGAAAAGUCAUCAAGUUACUUCAUGGAAUUCUUGUUCUAUAGUUAUCUUAAAAUAGAACGUCAAAAUUCACUCUCUGGUGCUUAAUGUCUUCUUGGAUGAUCAUUAGUUAAUAAAACUAAUUAAGUGUGAUAAGUCUAACUCACUCUAUAUACUUACAAGGUUAUAAAAAUAAAUUAGUGUUUUUUUUAACUAUGAUGGAAUGCAAAAAGUCACUCUGAGCGUCAUUUAAAGUUUUUCCAGAGUCAUUUAAAAAUUUUUUAGCCUUGCAUCCACAAGAUUAUUGGGAUUGUAGUUCCGAAGAUGGAAGUAAAUAUCCCGAAACGUCAACUUGUUAACAUGUAACGUUGAUAAUAGAAAUAUAUUCAAUUGUUACCAAUUGGAAGUAAUUUUUGCCGAAUAACUAAGAAUAUUAAACAACUUCCCAGAAAAAAGAAAAAGUUUUUUUCAUUCUUAUUCAAUGUUAUGUAUAUGUUAGGUAUUUUAAUUAAUUGUUGGAAAUAGAAUACAUAUUCAGAACUUCAAAUAACAAAAAAUAUCUUAUAUAUUAUUUCUCAAAUAUAUAUCCCUUUUCCGGCUCUCAGGAGUGAUGGAUUUUGAUGAAUGAGGUAUCAAUAGAAAGGGAAUAUCACGUAAUGCGCGCGAAUUGUAAUUUUGAUUCCUAAUUUUAUACCUGGACUUGAAAGUAGGAGGUUUCAAACCAUAUGACUGUGCCGCCUCAACUAAUCAAGACGUUACAAAUGAAUUCAUAAUUUGGGAAUAACUCGAAAAGGACACAAUUUUUGGUCCAUUAUACAUAUGAGCAUUUGAAAGCUUUAAAUUCCCUAUAAAACGUUUAAAAAAAUCAUCGAAAUUGGAGAAUUUGGUGCAGAGUUAUAGAUUUCUGAAUAUUUGUUAUUUGUUAUACUGCAAAGAUUGUGUUUCUGGGAUACAGUAUAUUAUGUCUCAAUUUGUAUUUUUUUUUUUUUUUUAAUUUCAAAACAUAUUCUUCUUAAAUAAUUUCAAUAUUAAUUUUAUUUUUAUUUAUAUAAAUAUUUCUUCCUUUUAACAUUGUUGGUAAUUUUUUUCAAUGUGCUUCGAUUACAGUAGCAUGUACUAUUAGAUCUUCAUUAUUGUAAUUUAUCAUUUUAAAAAUACAUUUUCGAUUUUUAUUAAUGAUAAAGUAACAUAUAUUCUGAUUGAACUAACUAUAUUACUCCCUGAAAAUUUGAGGCUUUUGUUAUCAUUAUGUGUUAAGAGCAAUGUUUAGAAGGUUUUGUUAAUUUAUGAUAAUCUUUUUUAUUUUAUUUUUUUUGAUUUCUUAAUGACAUUUACAACUGUAUUACAUAAAUACAUCAAGUAAAUUUGGACAUAAUAGAUAUAAUGACAUGAAUACACUUGCUGAGUAACUACCCAAUGGUAGCACUCUAAUGAUCUGACUACAUUAGGAGAUCACGGGGCCAUCUUCUUUUCAGACGCCUCGGAGGGUUAUCAGGAAUUGAAGAGGAAGCAAGGUUAGAAACGAGAGGGUUGGGAUGAUUCUGAAGUUUUUUAUGGAAGGAUAGGUAUCUGGAUUGGGCCAGAUCUGAAACAUAAGGAAUAUUAAGAUCUUUGUGGAUAAUUUUAUUAGUGACAAAGUAAGGAGCAUUGAGGAUUUUACAAAGGAUUUUGGAUUGUAAGGAUUGGAUGCGAGAGGAAUUCGAUGGUUUAGUGGAGCCCCAUAGCUCAAAUCCGUAAGUCCAGAUAGGUCUUAUUACAGUCAAGUAUAUGAUUCUUUUGUGAUUAAUGGGAUGUUUAGAGCGUUUGUCUAGUAUGUGCUGAAGUAAUCGGAAACGUCGAGCGGUUUCUUGUCGUUUCAGUCUAGUAUGAGGAUUCCAAGUUAGUCGUUUGUCCAGGUGGAGUCAUUGUUUACUGAUAGGAUACACGUGUCAUCGGCAUAUGUGGUGAUGACAGUGUUGGGACAGGUAGGGAUAGGAUAGGACCUAGGAUAAAGAAUAUGUAGAAUGUUAAUCUUUGGUCAAAAACAUCACAAUUAUGUUUAUUUCAAUAUUUAUUUUCAAGAAUGAAGUGAAAGUUUCACAACGAACAGCUGACAAACAUUUCAUUUAAGUCAGUUAAUAGUCUGUUAUAUAUUUAUAAAAAGAAGUGUUUUAUUACGAUUCUAUGUACAAAGUGAUUUUGAAAACAGCCUUCUAUUUUAAAGUAGUGGUUUGAAACCAGUAUUGAAAUCUAAUUUACGCAAACUAUCUCUAAAAGAAGUACACACGGAGUGAAAUUUCAGUCCUUUGAUACUACUGUUGCACAGUAAAUACUUCUAAGAUAUAUUUUUAAAAUGUGAUGUAUAUAAAUAUUUAAUGUAUAGUAGUGAAAAAUAUGCUAUUAUAUGUUUGUAUUGGAAAAUAUGUAAAAUAGAAAAAAUUAAAUAAAUAAAGUGUUAAUAUUUAUUUUGUAUCUUACAAUGAAAUCAUUGGGACAAAAUAGUGUGUUCAAGGUUAAGAAUUAGAUGGAAAAAAAUAUGGAAAGUAUGAGUUGAAGUUCUGUGUUUAUAUUGUCAUAAAUAAAUUAUUUAAAUACAUUGUGUUGUUUAAUAUCAUGUAAUAGUCCAGUAAGUGGGGAGUUUCUACUUGGAAAGUUUUGAUACUUAGCUAAAAUUAAAAUCAUUUUAUGAGAAGGAGUUGAUCGGGGGGUGCAGUCAAAUUAAUACUAAAUUAAAUAAGUAUAAUUAUUUAAUUUUGCCGACGUUUCGACCCACUUUGUAGUUCUUCAUCAGGGCGUAGGAUGUAGCACUGCGGGAGGCAGUUGAAACACUCCGAUUCUAUGUUCAAAGUGAUUUUUACUUGUAUUCUAUGUACAAAGUGAUUUUAAUAAAUAUAUUAAAAUCAUUUUAAUAUAUUUAUUUUGUUCAAACAAACAUCACUUUGUAUACAGGGUGUUUCAAGGUUAAGAUAUUCACACCUAAAGAUUUUCAUUGUUAUGAAUCAAGUAAAACCUAUAUAUUUGUUUUAACUACUUUAUUAAAUAAAUGUAAACAUUAACAUUAAUAUUAAAUGUUAAAACAGUGGCAGAACGGCACUGGAUAUGUGUUAUUGUUUCACAAGGUUCAAUUAUCUUUCUUCGUAAGGAAUUAAGGUCAUUGACCGGACUUGCUCAAUCAUAUCCCAUAUCCAAAUCAAUAUAUUA